UUGGUUUAUUCACAUCGCGCAGCCAAAGAAUUUUGCAAAAUUGUCGAUCCUCAGGUAGCAUUUCGAUGGUGUGAAAGGCAGCUUGGACGUCAGACAAAAUUGGAAUAAGGCAUGUUCUCCAACGUAUGAGCAUUCCGACGAGUGUUGGUAGUAGAACAGGUCCUCUAUACAACGCUUGAUUAAGACUUGCUGCUCCGUUGGGAUGAGCACUUGCAUCCAAGACAAUUCUUAGCUUCUUUGGAUUAAUGACGGCGUGAUGAGGCAUGAAGAAUUCUUCUUUGUCGCGGCCGGUUUCUUCAAUUAUUCCUUUCUCUUCUUGGUCGCGCAGGUUUUUGUCGUAUUUGGCGAGAAGUUCAGGCGAUUGUAUUAGGCGUUUGAUGUUAGCUUGAAGGCGGCUAUAGGCCAUUGUCCAAUUUGAGUUGAUGGUAGGUCGAGGUUCCCUCCAAGGUAGACGAACUGUGUAGGUGCCAUUGGGUUUUUGACGUAUUGAUUGUUCAAAUAGUCGCAUGGCGGUGUCGUCGUCUUUCUCAGCUGGGUUCUCCUUAAUUCCAAUAGACUCGAGUGCCCAAAAAUUCUCGACGUCAUUCGGUUUAAGAAUGUCUUCUUUGUCGUCGUCGGUAAGUGCCAUAAAUGUUUUAGGCGAGUUAGUCGUCUUGAAGCAAGAUUCACCUCCUAAGACGUCUCCAAAGACGGUUUGAAUUUUGUAGAGCUUGGGGCCAAGUUGUUGAAAGCCGGUGACGAAUUUCCAGAAUUCACGAAUCCCAAUUAAUAUUGAUGGUGUUCCUUUAACUGGCUCGACGCAGUCGUUUUGUCCAAUGAAUUGGAAGGUUUCCAUUGAAGUAGAAAUUUCGUCGAUGGUGUUAAGCUGCAUCGGCUCCCAUUCGCCGUCUUGACGUUUUAGACGAAUUGAGACAAGUGGUGAGUGAACUGUCUUCGGGUUUUGAUUCGCAAAGGUGUGUAUGCGAAGUACUUCUUCAGAAAGUUUUGGCGGCUGAAGGCGAUUGACAAGUUCUUUGGCGAUGUAGCUUGUUUGGCUUCCUGAGUCGAAGAAGACCAUUGCUGGAAUUCCUUCUCUUGGACCUCCCGGGCACGAGACGUUGAUGAUAAUUGUCAUUAAAUGAGUUUUAUUGUCGUUCUGUCGUGCUGUCAAGUAAGUUGACGAGUCAGGUGCUUCUUUUAUUUCCUCUUUGACUUCUUCCGGUUCAUUUGCUUCUUUUUGAAUUUCACUGACUGGUGGUGUAGUCUCUUCCUUAACUUCUU